UCAAAAGCCAAAUCGAAAGAAACCUCCGCGGAAAUCGAAAGACAUGGCGGACUGGACACCCCCGACAAAUCUAAUUACUCCCUCCUGCUUCAUCGUCUCCCGUUUUCUCUUUUACCCUUUGUAGCUUCGUCCCACCUUAGUUAACACUGCUAUUUGCCUCAUUUCCCAAGUCCCAAGUCCACCCACUCCCUUUCCUCUCCCGAAGAACCCUAGUUCCUCUCCCCCUCUUCCCAGUGAGGAUUUUUCUACCCUCUUCCCCUCCUCUCCUCCUCCUUCCCAUGUCGAGCGGUGGGUUCGACGCGGGUGAGUGAGGCUCUGCCAGAUCUGGGGAUACGGAGUUUUGUCCGGGGGGGUUCGCGGUGCGAUGUCGGAUAAGGAGUUGCAGGAGCAGCUCGUGAAGGCGGGGACUGAGCUCCUGGAGCCACCGUCUUCGGUUGAUGAGCUCAUGCCGCUUCUUGAGGAGCUUGAAAAUUGUUUAUCUAGAGUGGAACAAUCGCCAACCCCAUCUAUGCUAGAUGCUCUUUCUCCAUCCCUGAAGGCAUUAGUAGCUGAUCAGCUUUUUAGGCAUUCUGAUGCUGAUGUUAGAGUUGCAACCGCCUCAUGCAUCAGUGAAAUUACCCGAAUUACUGCUCCUGAAGCUCCCUAUGAAGAUGAUCUAAUGAAGGAAGUUUUUCAGUUGAUUGUAUCCUCGUUUGAGAAAUUGUAUGACAAGUCUAGCAGAUCUUACACAAGGAGGGCCUCAAUCCUUGAAACUGUUGCCAAAGUCAGAUCGUGUGUCGUGAUGUUGGACCUUGAAUGUGAUGCUUUGGUUGUCGAAAUGUUCCAGCAUCUUCUUAACUCAAUAAGGGACUACCACCCAGAACAUGUCUUCCAAUCAAUGGAAACAAUAAUGACCCUCAUCAUUGAUGAAAGUGAAGAUGUUUCUCCAGAUCUGCUCUCGCCCGUCUUAGAUAGUGUAAAGAGUGAUAACAAGGAAGUUCUACCUAUUGCUAGAAAAUUGGGAGAGAUGGUACUAAAGAACUGUGCAUCCAAGCUGCAGCCUUACUUUUACCAGGCAUUGAAAGCCCUUGGAACUUCUAUAGAUGAGUACAGUAAUGUGAUUACUUCAAUGUAUCAAGAGGCAAGUGCUGCAGUUGAAGAGAAUAACAACCAUGCUGCAAGCAAACAUAAGGUGAAUAAAGAAAAGGCUUCUCAUCAAGUCGGUCUUGUUUCUGGAAGAUCUCCAAAAUCGGUGAUCAGUAAUGGUGCCACGCAAAAAGCAGGAUUGGACUCUAUCUCCAAUAGAAGGCCGGAGGAUGCUCACCGCAGUAGUCCACCUAAAGUCACUAAAGCAUCAAGCAAUGAAAACAUAGUCAAGUUGAAUAGUGCGAAUGUAGCUAAGAAAGAAAGCAAGCUGGGGAAAAAGAAGAAGGGAAGAGGAAGGAAACCUGGUUCAAGUACAAAAUCAAAUGUAACUCCUGACGGUUCCCAAACAAUUCCUGAUUUGCCCCAUGACAACUCACCUGCAGAAUAUUCGCCUUCAGAAAGUGAAAAGGAAACUGCCGCUAACCCUUCUUCACCAAAACCUGCUGGAGAUGAAUCCAUGAGUGUUGCUUUCCCAUACCAAAAUGAAGGUCAGCCUGAUGAGAGUCGUCCCAGAAAAGGUGGACGGCGGAAGAAACAAGAAUUAGCUAAGGAGGUCACAGGUCCUGCUGCUGACAUAUCUAAAAAUGAACGAACUAGUGAUAAGGAAGUAAAACCACAUUCGAACACGGUUUCUGUGAGCACCAAUAUGGAGGAUGGAUCUUCCACAAAGCGUUCAGGGGAUAAGAAAGGGGUUGCAAAAAGGAAAGUGGCCUCUGAAAAGGAUUUAAGAAAAUCCGCUGAAGCUGCUGCUUCACCAAAGUCAGCCAUGAAAGCUGGCGGAGCUGAUGAAAAAUCUCAUGAGACUCCUAAGGAUGGUUCAAAGAGGAAGCGCACUCUGGGAAAAGAGGUAUCUGAUGCGAAAGAAUAUGGCGAGGACCUGGUUGGUAGCAAAAUCAAAGUGUGGUGGCCUCAAGAUCGAGCAUUCUAUGAAGGUGUUGUGGAUUCUUUUGACCCUGUUAGAAAGAGACAUAAGGUUUUAUACACUGAUGGUGAUCAAGAGAUAUUAAAUCUCAAAAAGCAAAAGUGGGAGUUCGUUGAAGGCAACUCUGUAUCGUAUCAGGGCCAAGAAGGCGAUGGCAGAAGUCCUGAUACUUCUCCUGAAUUGACUAGGCCUCUGAAGAAGAGGGCAAAAAUGAAGGGAGGGAAGAUGGAAACUUCAGCGAAGAAGGUUGAUGCUUCCUCUAGCAAAUCCAAUACUGGUUCCACAAAAUUUGGCAGAAAGUCUAAGGGAGGUAGUAAUUCUGAUGGCAAGUUCGAGAAAGAUGGUAUUGGUAAAUCUAAGGAUCGCACCAGUGAAAAUGGUUCUAAAUCUGGCAGUGUUGCAUUGAGUAAGACGACUAAGACUGGCAAACUCAAGGAUGAAGACCCCAGCAUGCCCCAUGUUGCAACAAAUUCCGGGGAAGAAUCCUCUGAGACCACAAAAUCUAAGAAAGGCUCAAAGUUUGCUUCUAAGGGCAGUGAACUCGAUAGUAGUGGAAAGCCUGAGAAGUUGAAGUCUAACGGAUCUGACAAGAUAAAGUCUGGUUUAUUGAAGGUGGAAGAUAGAAUCAUGGACAAUGACUCGGUGGAUUCUGCAGAAACUGAAACUAACGAAGAGAAGUCGGUCCCAUCAGUACCAGGAAUUGGGUCAAAGUCAGGGAAAAAACGACAAAGAGGUGCUUAAUCCUUAGCAGCUGCCUCUGAAUGUGUUAGUUUUUGAAGCUGUUCGUGCUCUUCUCUAUCCUCUCUUCCUUCACUUUGUGUUAGUGGAAAUGCAACAUCUGCAAUCUGUAGCCCAAAAGAAGAAAACCAUUUUGUAGAGAUUCGCCAUGAUGUGGAAUCCAUGGUCUGCACCGUGGCAUGGUUAUAUUUACUGAUAGCGUUAGUCCAUAGUGGUUGUCGGCGUUAUUUAGUCUCCUUCUAUAUUCUUGGUGUUUCAUUGUAAAGAUGUAGAAAAUCAACAUUAAGUUGUGCUAGGUUGCUUUGUCCAAAUAGUAGCAGAAUGUUGGCAAUAGUUGUAAAGAAUCAGAAUGUUAAUGUUAGGAUAUCUUCAUGUU